AUAAUAUAAUUUUGUCAGUUAAAAGUAAACUUAAAUUACUAAUGAUCCUUUUAAACUACAGCAGGACAUGGUAGAUUACAUCAUUCCACAGAAAGAAGUAUUGGAUCUUUACAGGAAGCAAAAAUCAGAAUUCAACUUUCAUCAAAGAUCGGAUGAUGAAUUCAUUGUUUUUCUUUUGGAUACAGCCUCUAGAGUUCUAUCAAUAGCUCACCAGUUAACACCUGUCAUUGAAGCUGUUUCUUAUGAAAGUGAAGGUCAAGCAACAGAAACGCUUGAUGCUGAGACAGCUGAAGACAGUGAGUCACAAGAAGAAAGCAUAUCGAAGAGCACUGAAGCAGAGCCAGAUCCAUCAUCUUUUCAAUCACUUCCAGAGCUGCAACCAUGUAAACCAGAGACUCUGUCAUCUCAAGAAGAUGCAAUAUUUCAGCUUGCUAAAGAAAUAGAAUCAGUUGCUAAUACUCUGCUUGAUGAACAAAAAAGCAGUGCAAUAUUGUCAAGUGAACUCAAUAACUCAAGUCUGCCCAUGGAAACAGAAAACCUUAUUACAGAUUCUUUAAGCAAUCAAAAUAUCAGUCCAUCAGUAAAACUAUCAAAUGACCAGAACUUUAAGCCAUCUGUUACUGCGUUACCUUACUCCAUGUUGGACAUGUCAAACAUUCAACUUGAUACCAGUGUGAGCGCAACUAUGGCAAAUUCAGAAAAUUUGCUCAACAGCAUAUCUCUCCUCCCUGGAUCCAAGAGAUCACUUUCAUCAAAACCUACAGAGCGGUUAAAAGAGUUAAAAACAAUGUAUGACGUAUCCCCCUUUAACGGCAAGGCUCAGUGUAGAAUCUGCAGAAGAGAGUUCACCGAAUCGGCCAACUGUAGACGACAUAUAGAGACCAUUCACUUUAAUGUUAGACACUUUCAAUGUCAUCUGUGUGACAAAAAUUUUCAUACGAACUGGGUAUUGCAAACGCAUUUCAAGAAAAAACACAACAUGUGAUAUCUUUUAGCUUUUUUUUGGGUAUGUGAAAAACACUCAAAAUAUUUGAUAUUUCUGAGAGAAAACUGCACACAUGAUGACAUGUGAUUUUAGAUUUUUGUGAUUUCAAGUUUACAUUUUCACAGUAUUUUUGGCUUUUUCACUCUUUUACAAGGUUGUUAUUAUGCAAUGUACCUAUACAUUAUAUAAUACAUGAUAUUUUUAUCAGAUAGCUGUCAUAGCCACGCGUGUUAUACUGGUUCUAAUAUUUACCUAGUUCAUGUACAGUGGAACACCAAACCCCCAAUCAGCCAUUCCUGGACAAAUUUACUACUUGAUUGGUACAGUUAUGCCAAUUUGUCCAUAUUUUACAAGCAAUACUACUCAAAAAUUACGUAAUUCAUCAAAUUAUCUUCGAAGCUCUGUAACCAUAAUAAAACUGGAAAGGUAUUCAGUUUUCACUGCAUGAACUAAGUAGCUACCAGUUUUAUUUUCAUAUUGAUUGUUUGAUUUGUUUUUUGGAUUUAUCGGUAGUUACACCUGAUUUUAGUUUUACAUACAUUAAGGUAUCUUCUCGAUUGAUGAUUGAUGAUACACGGAUACCUGUAUCACCACACACUUAUGAUAAAUUCAUUGAUUUUCAACUUUAUUCAACUUUAUUCAACUGAUAUUUAGGGAAGCGCCCCUGUAUUAUUAGUACAUAGCUGAUGUAUUUGUUUAAUUUGAUCUAUUU